AUGCCACCUACUUGUUUACUAUCCUCUGCAAAGAGACUAAAUUGUGCUCAAUUUCAAAAGACAACUUCUGCUUUAGUAAGAUCUUUGGUUACCGUUACCACUAGAAACUGUCCAUCAGUAAAACAAUCGCAAAAUGCUGAAGUCCAUUUUACAAGGAAGAAAGUUGGUUAUUCAAAAAGAUAUAUGUCUUCAACUAAUGGCGUCACAUCUAGUGAUACAAGAGCUACUGUUAUACAAUUGUUAAACAAUAUAAGUACAAAAAGAGAAGUUGAACAAUAUUUGAAAUAUUUUACUUCAGUUUCACAACAACAAUUCGCUGUGAUUAAAGUCGGUGGUGCUAUUAUUAGCGAUAACUUAAAGGAAUUAGCUUCUUCUUUAGCAUUCUUAUACCAUGUAGGUUUAUAUCCAAUCGUUUUGCAUGGUACUGGUCCACAAGUAAAUGAGAAACUAGAGUCUAAAGGUAUCGAACCCGAUUAUAUUGAUGGAAUUAGAAUUACUGAUGAAGCAACUAUGUCUGUUGUCAGAGAAUGCUUCUUAGAGCAAAAUCUGAAAUUAGUUACAGCUUUAGAACAGUUAGGUGUCCGUGCUAGACCUAUUACUUCAGGUGUAUUCACCGCCAAUUAUUUAGACAAGACUAAAUAUAAAUUAGUCGGUGACAUUACCAAUGUUACUAAAGAUGCCAUCGAAGCCUCCAUAAAAGCAGGUGCACUACCAAUUCUAACAUCUCUUGCUGAAACACCUUCUGGUCAAAUGCUAAAUGUCAAUGCAGAUGUGGCUGCUGGUGAACUGGCUAGAGUCUUCGAACCAUUAAAAAUUGUUUACUUGAAUGAAAAAGGUGGUAUUAUUAACGGUGAAACAAAAGAAAAAAUCUCCAUUAUUAACUUAGAUGAAGAAUAUAAUGAAUUGAUGAAGCAAAGCUGGGUUAAAUACGGUACUAAAUUAAAGAUUAAAGAAAUUAAAGAAUUAUUAGACUUUUUACCUCGUUCUUCCUCUGUCGCUAUCAUUAAUGUACAUGAUUUACAAAAAGAAUUAUUCACCAACUCUGGUGCAGGUACAAUGAUCAGAAGAGGUUAUAAAUUAUCGAAGAAAACUUCUUUGGAUGAAAUUGAGAAUAUCCAGACUUUGAAAGAUACCUUAAAGAAAGAUAAAUAUUUAGCUGCUACAAGUGAAAAUAUUGAUAUAUACUUGGAAUCCCUAAAAGAUUCCAAGUUUACAUUAAUUUCAGAUGAACCUUUAGAAGCAAUUGCAAUUGUAAAAGAUUCUGGUAUUGUCCCAACUUUGGAUAAAUUUAUUUGUUCUAAAUCCGCUUGGUUGAAUAAAGUAUCUGAUAAUGUCUUUAACGCAUUAACAAGAGAAUUUUCAUGUUUACAAUGGGUUACCGAUGAGCAUGAUCCAAACGUUUCAUGGCAUUUUUCAAAGUGUCAAGGUUCUUACUUGAAAAAUGGCAAAAUAUUAUUUUGGUAUGGGGUAAGUGAUUUGAAUACUGUGUCCGAAAUUAUCGCCAAAUUUUCUAGUGCCACUUCUCAAAGUGUUUCUCCAAAUGGCACAAAUACUAGUGGUGUAUUUGGAAAAGGAAGAUCUACUAGAUUCUACUCAACUAGGACUGAGCCAAAAAUUAAUGGUACAAACAAAUCCAAGGGACGUGUUGCCUUGAUUGGCGCCAGGGGUUAUACAGGCAAGAAUUUAAUAUCAUUAAUAGACAACCAUCCAUACCUAGAGAUUAACCAUGUUUCAUCCAGAGAACUAGAAGGUCAAAAAUUAAAAGAUUAUUCUAAAACAGAUAUUAUUUAUGAGAAUUUACAAGUUGAAGAUGUUAAAAAAUUGGAAUCCGAAAAUGAUGUCGAUUUUUGGGUUAUGGCCUUACCAAACAAUAUAUGCAAACCUUUUGUUGAAGCUAUUCAAAGUGUUAACGGUAAGUCAAGGAUCAUUGACUUAUCUGCCGAUCAUAGAUUUGUUCCACAAACUGAAUGGGCAUAUGGUUUACCUGAGUUGAAUGACAGAAAUGUAAUUUCAUCGGCUAAAAGAAUUGCCAACCCUGGUUGUUAUGCAACUGGUUCUCAGAUUGCCAUUGCUCCUCUAACUGAAUUCAUAACCGGUUUACCUACAGUUUUUGGUGUUUCAGGCUAUUCUGGUGCUGGUACUAAACCAUCUCCUAAAAAUGAUCCUAAAUUUUUGAACAAUAACUUAAUUCCAUACUCAUUAACAAAUCAUAUUCAUGAGAAGGAAAUUUCUACACAUAUUGGAAAAGAAGUUGCUUUUAUUCCACACGUUGGUCAAUGGUUUCAAGGUAUUUCAUUAACAGUUUCAGUGCCAAUAAAACAAGGUUCUCUAACUGCAUCUCACAUUGCUCAAUUAUACAAAGACUUUUAUAAAAAUGAACGUUUAGUUCAUGUUAAGGAAGAUAUACCAUUGGUAAGGGAUAUCGCUGGUACCCAUGGUGUAAUGGUUGGUGGAUUUAAAUUGAAUGAUACUCAAGACCGUGUUGUUAUUUGUGCAACUAUUGACAAUCUAUUAAAAGGUGCUGCUACACAAUGUUUGCAAAAUAUGAAUUUAGCAUUGGGUUACGGUGAAUACGAAGGUAUUCCAGUGAAUAAAAUAUUAACAAAAUAG